AUGGCCUUUUCUCGGCGUUGGGAGGGCCAUGUGCCGAAUAAGGGCUACCGCGUGCAGCCCCCGAUCCCGGAUCAUCUGAAGGACAGCAUCAACCUCUUCGGGAACAGGAACGGGAUCGCCGGGGGCGGGGAGGCCCCCCUGCCGGCGGAGGGCACCGGACAUUUAGUACAAAAGGUUCUUUCCAGCGGCUCACACAUCAAAAACUACAAUAAACUUGACCGCCUGCGCAUCGCGAUGAAUCGGGCGCGCGAAGAACUCCCCGAGCAUCCCACCUGGCAGGAGGUUUAUAUGUUUUUUCGCACGACGGAGAUGUGCACCGAGGUCCGUGUGGAGGCCGGGGAUGUCUUUCCCAAGGGGCAAAAACUCUGGAUUGAGCUCGAGGCCUGUGAGGAGAAACGGGUGCCGAAUCUCUUGGAAAUGCCUAACGGGCUGCUCGUCUUGCCCGUUUUUACCGUAGAGGAAACUAUCGAUCACUACUUUUCCCGAAACGAUAUCUUCGAGUCGUGUUGGUUUCCCGUCCCAAGAAUGGGAACUCGUUGGGAGCCCUUCUGCGCGCUGCCUUUUCCCGCGUGUGUGAUCGGAACGCUCGAGCACUUCUCGACGUUAGCGACCGUGGCCUUACCGCAUCAGUUUGCGAUUCUAAUUAACCCCGGGCAGUAUUCGAGCAAAUUUAUCACAUACCCCGAGAUGGUUCGGCUUUCGCAAAUCAAAAAAACACCCCUGAUGAAGCGAGAGCUCACGCUCGUGAAGGAGAAGGAUGGAAAGAAGGAUCUCAUCGUAGAUGAGCACCUCAUAACGUUAUUUGAUACGCGAAAGAUGACGCUUAAACGGGUAGAACCCCACGAAGUGGAGGAGAAGAUGCGUGGCAGGCCGCAGAUUCCGCCAAUUGCGCAGCUUGAGCUGCAUUUAUUGCUUUUUAAAUACCCCGAAAUCGAGAAGGUCUAUGUGCGAAAAGUCGAGCGCCCUCGUUGGCGGACAAUGAUAGGGGUGCCGGAGAUUCUCACCGAGAUUGAUAUCAUUUCGUCGCCCAAAAAUAAACCCCCAGAGAAGUUUCUCCAACACUUAAAGCGAUGGAGUUAUAUGAAGGAAUUCCUCAUGGAUGUGCAUAUUGAGCUGACUACGGAGAUCCCAGAGUCCUCUGGGGAUUCAAUUCCAAUGUGUAUCUACACUUCAGAAGAUGGCAAUUUUCUGAGAUCGAUGUACACCUACAAAAAGGAACAUUUAACGCGGAAUAUAGGUUACCACGAACCAAUCCUUGAUGAAUUAGGAAGGAAGCCCUACGAGGGUUAUAAUUACUUCGACAUGUGA